AUAACAUGGCGUUCUGAUGCGACGUACUUAUUGACUUAUUAAAACGUUUAUGUGCAAAAAACGCAAAUGGUUAUCGCAACUGUUGAAUCCGAAAAUUAUACAAUCAUUAGCAAAACCAAAAGGGCGCCUCUUAACACCCGAAUGAAAUCAUCCGCUUUAUUUACGUUACGUAGUAAACACGCAGAGGGGAUCGAGAGUGACGGCAAUACGCAACCCCCGCGAGAACGAGCGAGACAAAAUAUGCCCCAUAACUCCGCCCAUAACACGCCAAGCCUCGUGGAUUGGCUUCGGGCAGCAAUCUAAACACCAUCAGUCUUCCAUCGCAUGCCUUUAAAACCACAACUUAAUUAACUCUCCGGCACCCUCGACAAUUAGUCAUUUUGAGUAAUGAACUGAGUGUUGUGAAGAAAAAGUGUUAUAAUGGACAGCUACGCGCAGAACAACGAAGUGUCCACGUCUUUCAACAACAACAACAUUAAACACAACUUCAACGAUUACUUCAACAUGGUGGACGUAGAUAAAGUCGAAGCGAACAAAGAUUACAGUGCGUUUGUCGAAGAGAAAGCUUAUCGUAUCAAGUUGGAGGAAUCGGCGGGCAACCAGAAUUUCAACACGCCGUUUUCUGUGAAGGACAUACUUAAUAACCAACCAAAUUAUAAUUACGAACGAAACGACUUGUGGAAAUGUAAUGAACGAGAGCGAAGGAGUCAUGAUUACGAGCAAAUUUACCAUCAAAGUCAAGGUUACUACCCGCCGGAGUACUUCGGACAAGUGUAUUCAAACAUCCCCGUGCACACAAACAUCGAGGCUUAUUGGAACCAGGAAGUACAUCACGACCAAAAGUUUGAUGAAUAUUAUAAUUAUAAUCCGUAUUGCCAUAAUUUAUAUCAUCAGAAUUACGAUCACUUCGUGGAUGUGACGCCUUCGCAUCCGAUAAUGGAUGUGCCGAAAAUGGAAAAUAGAGAAAUGUCGCAUCUGCCUACACCGCCUAUAUCAGAACCAGCCAGAGACAGCGAGAGGAGUAACUGUUCAUCAUUUAUCACUGUAGAAUCUGUAGAUAAAUCUUCACUGUCGUCUAGGAAAAGCAAAACGCCGACAAACGACACCAAGCCAGAGAAAAAAGACAGAAGCACGAAAAGGAAACCCAGGAUCCUGUUUUCUCAGAACCAGGUCCACGCGCUAGAGGUCCGCUUCAGGAACCAGAAGUACCUCACGGCGCCGGAACGGGAACAGUUAGCUGUCACGUUAAACCUCUCCCCAACGCAAGUCAAGAUUUGGUUCCAAAACAGAAGGUACAAGAGUAAAAGGAUCAAGUCGCCGGAAGUAUCCACAUCCACCGACGCAAAGCCAAGCCGAAACUUAAGUGGGAGAAAACUGUACAAGCCCGAAAAGAAAGACGGAGUAACACCUAUACCUAAUUAUGAAAUAUUUAAAACAGAAAAUAGAUCCUUUGAUACUGAAAAAAUGUAUAAUGAUCAACUAAAUUCAACUAUUUAUUUCGAAGAUAGUUUAACAUAUGAACAUAAUGAUGAAAAAAAUCUAGUUAUAGAUGAAAAAUAUGACGUAGGAAACAAUUCUGAUCUACAGAACCUUUAUAACGAUAACUUAAUAAAUACUAGUAAAGAAAUGUAUGAGCCUGAUAUGAAAAAAUAUUUUCCUAUGAAUUUUGUUUGUUGAUGUUAUUGUUAAGUACACGUGCCAUUAGACUGAUUGUCCAAAGAGUAUUAUAUAGAGUUAGUUUAUAUUUUACAAUAAGAUAUAUUUUUGCAUGUAUGUGCAAUGUUAGAUAAGUGAAAUACAGCUUUAUACCAAAGUAUUAAAACUGAAUUUUAUACGUUACUUAAACGUUCUUGUUUAUUUU